AUGGCUCCCCGAGACCCAGCCCUUGCUGUGCUCCUUGAGCACGCGAAUCGCAUAGAAAAGACCCUCGACGCCGUGCUAGACUAUGUCCAGCACAAAUCAAGCCGACGCCGAAGCCGUCGAGUCGUGCCGCAUUCUCGUGGCCCCGGGCGAACAGAACAUAGCGAAGCCCCCCCUUGGCUUAGGGAGGUGACGUCUCUCAUAAACAAGUUGAGGCGUGAGACCCAGUCGCUUCGCUCCGAAACGCAGGCUCUGGCCCAGCAGAAGACACCAGUCGCCGCGAGAGCAAAGCCGCCACCUCGAUAUGUGAGGCUUCACCCCGCUUCACGUCGCCGUCGUGGCAAAGUUGCGCAGGGCACGCGCAUGGCUUCGGGCGGGGGAGCUACACAGCGGCGCUCCAACUCCGCCCUGAAUGCACCCGCUCUCGUGAGAGAUGUAGCUGUGAGAUCCUCCCGGCGCGCAACCGAAGCGACGGACACUUCAGAUGUCGUGGCGGCUUCGUCUGCCCAAGAUGAGGAGGCACCCGCUGCCGAAACACCCACUGAAGACCACAACGGAUCUACAAUUGCUGCUGCCCCCAAUGGCUCUACCUCGGGUUUCACGCUUACCUCUGCUGAGAUGGGCGAAGGAUUGAUCCCUGCCCUCGAAAAAAUCAUCCCGCAUCCAGACUUCCACAACGAGAUUUCAGUCCCUCACAAUCCCAUUGACCCAGCUACGUUUCGGGCCAAUCUGGAUGUUUGCGCCAGUGAUUGCCAAUACACCACCAAUACCUUCCACAGAGGCCCAAAAGGGGAGGGCUAUGGGUUUGUUUGCGCCCCCGUAGCAACUGGAAAACCCGUUGCCUUGCCAGAGAACCUCGAGGCAGCUAAGACGCCAACCAUUACGGAAGCAAGGAAUUAUCUCAAUCACUAUGUGGGAAAUCUUCCAACCAAACCCGUCUUUUACUACAGUGGCCAUGCAUUUAGCGUUCCGCACAAGACUCCACUACAUCCAGGGCACGAGAUGUUGGCCAACGAGUAUUUGGCUGACUUGCAUGAUCCAUACUACCAUAUUGGUGUAGACGGAUCUGCAAACCGAUUUCACUGGGAGGAUCUGAGCUCAAUAGACGGAGGCGAUCUAUCGACACGUCACGGUCUACGCUCAGCGAACGUGGUGCUCUUUGGCGUCAAGCUUUGGAUCUUGAUCGCAAUGCAUCACACAACGAAAUUCGAGGAGUUUGUUGCCACCCACUGGGAUUGUAACACGUGCAGCCAUCGGGUCGGUCACCGAAGUCUCCUGAUCGCGCCCUGGAGGCUUGAAAGAGAAGGCAUCGACUUUACCAUUCAUGUCGCCACCCCUGGGAAAAUGAUCGUCCCUGACUUAUGCCAGUACCACUGUGUCGUGAACAUGGGGUUCUGUAUUGCCCAGUCGAUUAAUUUCAAGUUGGCGGGAGACCGGCUGGUAUCGAAUACAUUUGCUAGCUGUAACUUGUGCGGUCUAACUCAACUCGCAAGGAAGUAUUCGAACAACCGUGUUGCGCCUCCCAAACAAUCACGAAAACGAGGAGCUCAAGCGUCGCUGCCAGUUGUGAGGCCAACGAAGCGAGUUCAAUCAACCGAAGUGACCGAAGUUCUUGAAUCUAUCAGGAAAGCGGAUCCUGGUUGUAUUGUGCCUCAGGUCGACGAAUCUGACCCUUGGCAUUCUGAUGUCGUGGUAAUGGCGGCGGCCAUCCAAAGCUCCCUGGCUAUUGCACAAUUUGUGUCGCUUGUUCGCGAAUGGAGAAGCUCACACGACGAUGUGUUUUCGUGCAGCAGCGACAACUCCAAGACUAGUGUGGAAUAUCAGAUCGAAUGUUUGCAAGCUAGCACAAAGAAUCUUGCACUGGGGAAAUUCAUCGUUCGAUUAUGCCAGAUGAGGCUUGCUCAAGCGGCCGAGAAGAUCAAGGAACGGACCGGCUUAAAACGCAUCGACUCCAGUGAAAUGCAGGGGAUCGCUGAGAAGCAUGGCAUGGGGAAAAAGGAGCUCGGACGGCAUCUUGAGGAAGGGCGAUGGUGGAUGAAGCUGUGUGGGCCUUAUGAGGGUCUGUUGCCUUUUCUCUUGUUGACACCUGACAACGAGGCCCCAUUUGAUAUCAAGAAAAAGGAUUGGUAUCAUCUUGUGAGUGUUGACGCUAAGCUGCAGGCUUUCCACCGUUCUCUUGACGAAGAACACAUGCAGAAGAUCAGUGACGCUGGGAAAAUAUUUGAGGGAAUGAUGAGGCUCGAAUUAUCAAAGCGUUUUCAGUGGGAGGAGGAAGAGAAGUUCGAUACCCAGGCGAAGAAUCAGACUGAAUACCUUAGUACUGUCAUCUAG